AUAACAAUCAAAACGUGUCACUACUCACUAAUAAUUAGUUAUACCCAGCGAGUGACGAGAACGCUGAACGACCAACAUUGCACAUAUUACGCUGCCAACUCGUCGUGAAACGACCCCAUUUAUUCGCAUUUCACUUCUCGGAACCCCUUCACUACCGUCACUCUUCGUACUCUCAAAGAACAACAGAAAAAAAUAUGGAUCAAGUAACAAAAGUGUUGGAACCCGGACGCCAGUUUUCCAAAGACUCGGUUAGGCUGGUGAAAAGAUGCACAAAACCCGACAGGAAAGAGUUUCAAAAAAUCGCAAUUGCUACAGCCAUCGGUUUUUGCAUUAUGGGUUUCAUUGGUUUCUUUGUCAAACUUAUUCACAUACCCAUCAACAACAUCAUUGUAGGUUCAUGAAGUGUUAGCGGUUCAACUCCUUUAUUUCCUGAAAACAAUGUAUCUUGAUGAAAAGAUGUGUGUAUUUCACAAUAUUUUGUUUUUAUACUGUGUAUUAAAUAUUUGUGAACAUUA